AUGUUUGUCAACAGGUGCGACCACAGUGCUGACAACGUCGACGACACUGUCGUCCGGCCUGCGCAGUCGGAAGAUCUCAUUUCAAGAGAACGCACAGCAUUGGAAGCACUCCGAUCUACUGGGGCUCACGAUUCCGGGCAAGCCUCUUCCAAUAAGCGACAUUUGCCAAAGUCUCCAGAGUUUAGGCGAGAAAGCCUGUCUUGGUAUUUGGAGGACGGCCAAUGCGCGUACCUUGUCUUCCACACCUUACCAUCCUUCCGCUUCACUUCGGUUGAUGUCGACCGAGUUAUAACCCUGGGGCCUGUUCUCUGCAAGACAGCACAAGUCGGGAGGAAAAAGAUUGGUCUGCAACUUUCUAAACACGACAGAUUGUCGAUCGCCUUGACCAUGUCUUAUGCUUUUCUCGAGUUGUAUCCCACGCCUUGA